CGAGACGAUAUAUACUAACUUUUUCCUGCUAAACAAGUUAGUUUGUUUUAUUUUAUUAAUUACUCUCGAUUUCACGAAUAUUUAAGAUCUUAUGUGACGUAUGUAAUGACGAACAUCAUACGGUUACAACACGUCUGUGAUUUAUUCCACGGGAUUUUGUCAGCGUAGUUGUAGUUGCACCUUCAUCAAGCAAGAGUGAAGCAUUCAGUCAUCAAUGCUAAGUCCGCCAUUUUGUGACGCGCUUGACGCAUGGUGUAGACCAAGAUCACUUUUCGAACAGGAAUACUUGCGGUGUAUUUUACAAACCCCUUAAAGUAUUCGGAAAAUGUAUGUGUUAUUGGUGAAUCAAGGUGAUGGAAUCAAUCCAGCUGAUCCAUCAUCUAUUUGGACCUGCAGGCUAUGUGGAAUUCAGAUGUACAAUCCUGUGUAUUUAAAUCUUUUUUCUGAAAAUGGUGAAAAUCCUUUGGUCUCUACGAUUAAAAGAUUCCUUGAUAUUAAGAUUGAAGAAUGUGACAAAUUACCAACAACUCUUUGCCAACCGUGUACCAGUAAAAUUGAAGAGCUACAAUGCUUUUACCAUCAUUGUCAAGAUGCUCAAAAGAUAUUGGCAGUCCAGCAUGGUGUUCAACUUCAUGAUGAAGCAGUUAUAGAAGAUCAAGCCAUAAUUGUUGCUCCGAAUCAAAACAACAUAACAAACAAUGUAGUGAAGGAAGAUACAUCUGAAGCCAUCCCUAUUACUACCACAACAACAACAACUCUCAGUGCUGAUAAAUUACUGGAGACAGCUAUUAAAGAUACCUGCAUUUUGUCAGGAGAAGAUUCGGAAGAAUCAGAUUCAUCUGAUUGUCUUUCAGAUGACGAUGAAAAUCAAACUGAUGACCAGUCAGCUACAGAGGACAAAGAGGAGUACUCCAUUGGUAAAAGAACUCGGUCUGCAAUGUUUGCAAGAAAAUCUGAUCCACCUGUACCAAGGAAAAGAAAGAAACUGGUUUUCACCAUUGAAUAUCUUGAAUCCAAGCUGAAUCGCAAACUUGAUGACGAGGAAGCAGGAAGACUGAAAGAAUAUAUACAAAAGGGCCAGAAUACCAAGAUUUUUGAAAUGCUGGUGGGUGGUGGCAAAGAUCAGGUGUGGAAGUGCCAAUAUUGCACUGAAGAGAUAAGAGGUAGCCCUAAGGAUGUGAAGGAACAUUAUGCCACUCUUCAUGAUGCAGUUCCCAUUUUCCCAUGUCAGCUUUGUGAUAAAGUUUGCCGAUCAGUAAACUACUAUCGAAUCCAUAGACUCUCACACCUGGCUGAAUAUCCAUGCGAAACUUGUGGAAAAAUCUUCAAAGAUAACUCGAAGCUUGUGCUUCAUCGCCAAGUUCAUUCAAACAAACGUCCGCAUGAAUGCGAUGUAUGUGGGAAGACAUUUAAACGAGCCACUACGGUUCGUGUCCAUAAAAGAACUGUUCAUGGUUCGAAGGAUGAGCAAUUUCUGUUUACGUGUGAACUUUGUGGCAAAAGAUUCAAAACUAAUUUUGAAUUGAAGAAGCACUUGGAUAAGCAUCCAUCGGAGGAUAACCCUCUACCUUACCAGUGCAAGUAUUGCGAUUCACGUUUCCCUGAUAAAGCUCAACAGAUCACACAUAGCAACACACUACAUGCUAAUGAGGGUGAAUACGUGUGCCAUAUUUGCGGGAAAAAGGUCAAGACAGAAACUGCCUUAGAAAACCAUGUCAAGUCCCAUUCUGGGAUUCGUGACCUUAAGUGUCACAUUUGUGAUGCAGCAUUUGCUAGUCGUUAUACAUUGAAUGCACACGUUAAAAGACAUGCCAUCACCGAGCCCCUCUUCUCCUGCCCCUACUGUGGCAAAGGUUCUAAAAGCAAAGCAAAUUUAGAACAGCACAUUCGAAUUCAUACGGGUGUCCGCCCAUAUUCAUGCACCGUCUGUAAUGCCGCGUUCAAACAUCGAUCCCACUUGAAAGUACACAUGACGAUACACACCGGCGAGCAUCCAUUUGCUUGCCAUGAAUGCAAUAAAACCUUCCGAACCAAUAAACAACGAACAAGUCAUAUGAGUUACGUACAUAAUACAGUGCGAAAUUUUGCUUGUGAAAUUUGCGGCAAAGCCUUCAAAACGUUGAAAGAUUUGAAGAUUCACAGUACUCUUCAUACUGGAGAAAAGAAUCACGUUUGUCCCACGUGCGGCAAGGCUUUCCGGGUCCGUGCCAACUACUAUAAGCAUAGAAAAAUUCAUGAGAGAACAUCAAUCGAACAGCAUCAGCAGGAGCAACAAGAACCCGGUGAACCAGUUCAAGACCAAGAAGAAGAUCCACAAACCGAGAUCCAACCUGUCAGUAACGAAGUUUCAAACGUUUCCGUCACGUUGCCGAGUUCAUCGGCUGGGUUACUCGAAACCUUUAAUCUCGAAACUACUCCUGUACUGCAAGUUCCUGCAACAACCAUGAGUACGGCGUCAACUGACCAUGAGCACAUAAGUGUUCAUGGAACCAGUACUAUAUCGGACGAAGGAGUGCUUCUUUUCCGUUCUGCUCUUCCUCCUUUAACAAAUGCCAAGGAAUUCUCAGGAAUGUCGAGUUGAGGAAUCAACACAGAAUAUUGAAUGACAUAACAUCACAUCUAUUGUGCUUUCAUUUUGGCAUGUGAUUCUUUGGAAAUGAACAUCAAAUCCGCAGUUUCCGAAUCUACCAAGUUAACCGAUGUGAAACAGGAAAGCCAAGAGAGAAAAGAUGAUAUCGGGAAGUUAUGAUGAACCUAGAUUAUUUAGAAUUAACUAGCAAUUUAAGGAGACCUUUCAACAAUAUGUUUUAACAAUGAGAUGUAACCAUGCCUUACCGAAGCUUUAACUCAUUUUGGUUUGAUCUAAUAAAAAGUGAGUUGUUUUCCUGUA